UAGUAGUAUAUACAUAUAUAUAUAUUUUUUUUUAUUAACUUGUCCACGUGAGUUUCUAACCUAAAAAGAUAUUGUUUACACGUGAAAAACGAAACUUCGUGAUAUUCGUAAUUAAUUUUUAAUUUAUUACGAAUUGAAAUAAAAUGGAAGAGAAGAUAAUUAGAAUGGAAGAUAUAAUUGAAGAAAAUUCAUCUGACGAUGAUAACAUAUCAGAUAUAAUUGAAAUUAAUACAAGGAAAAGAAAUCAGAUAACAAUGGACAUGCCAAAAGGGAAACCAAAAUCCGGUAGAAUAUGGAAAGAACCAAAAAAGAGAUUUUCAUCUAUAGUCAAGAGCAAAGGUAUUCGGUUGUCCCUUGAAAAGAAACAAAAAUUGAGGGAGGAUUUGCAACGUGCCAAGGAAAUGUCGAGAACAAUUAAGGAACAAAAACAAGCAGAAAAGGAAGCAAAGAAGCAAAGGAGAAUAGAAAAUUUGAAGAGAGCAGAAGAAAAUAGAAAGAAGGGUGAAGUUGUACAAAUUAUUAAAAAUACUGCCAAACUAAAGAGAAUGAAAAAGAAACAAUUGAGAUUGAUUGAGAAAAGGGAUACAAAUGAUAAAACAUACAAUUGAAAAAGAUUGAAAAAUUUUAAAAAAAAAAAAAAAAAAAAAAAAAAAAAGAAGAAAGAAAAAGAAAAGAAAAAUUAAAAAAGUAAAAAACCAGCUCUCAAAUAGAUAAGAAAAUAAUGUGCUAUACAAAUAACGUUCAAUAAAGUGUUCUUAAAAAUAUUGUUAAAGCAUAAUAAAUUCAACUAAUUAUAUCAUAUAAAAAAUAUAUCAUAAUGGUAAAUUAAUAUUACUUAAGGAGCGAUAAAGUUUUAACUGUAUAAAAAAGAAAGAAAGAAAGAAAGAAAGAAAGAAAAAAAAAAGAAUUAUAAAGUAAAAAAAAUCACAUAAAUAAUCUUAUUACGUAUCUUCUUCUUCUUCUUCUUCUUCUUCUUCUUGUUGAGUCUUUCUUUCCAUCACAAAACUUUCCAAUUCUUUGAUAAGAUUAAUACCUGGAUUUCUUCUCCACUAUAAAGGAAAAAGAAAAAAAAAAAAAAAAAAAAAAAAAAGAAGAAAAUAAUUAUGAUCAAAUCAAUUUAAAUAAAAGCUAAUACAUUCAUUAAAAAU